UGGCAUUAUGUUUUGUCUUGCGUAUUUGCCUCGUUUGGAACGUUUUUCAUUUGGGGUGUGUUCAUUUAAUUUCAUAACUAAGGAAAUCGAAUGACCACGGAAUAAACAGAAAACGAAACCUAUUAUGCUCCGACAAUAUGUUUCAAAACCCUUGGCGGUCUUGCCCACCGGAGCAGGAGUUUUGACAAGAUCAGCGGCAACAACUACAGCCGCCGCCGAUUCCAAAGACAAAAUCGAAGAGAUUCGUGAACGUUUAGCCAAGGGACCAAAUUUUGGUGAUUUUGUACAAAAUCCGGAGCUUAGCAAAGAAGAAUGGAAAGAGUUUGAGGGUAAACUGCGUCGUGACAAGGGUGAAAAUGAACGUUUACGCUUGCCUCCCUGGCUAAAGACCCCCAUUCCGGUGGGAAAGAAUUUUGCCAAAAUUAAGGCGCAACUGAGGGAAUUGAAACUGGCCACCGUAUGCGAAGAGGCUCGUUGUCCCAAUAUUGGUGAAUGUUGGGGUGGCGGAGAGCAUGGCACUCAGACGGCCACCAUAAUGUUAAUGGGUGACACAUGUACUCGUGGCUGUCGUUUUUGUUCAGUGAAGACAGCACGCAAUCCACCACCAUUGGAUCCCCUGGAACCGGUCAAUGUGGCCAAGGCUGUGGCCUCAUGGGGUUUGGAUUAUAUUGUCUUGACAUCGGUGGAUCGAGAUGACUUGCCAGAUGGUGGUUCAAAACAUAUUGCCGAAACCGUUAGAGAAAUUAAGCAAAGAAACCCCAAUAUAUUUGUUGAAUGUUUGGUACCCGAUUUUCGUGGCGAUUUAAGUUGCGUGGAAACCAUUGCUAAAUCUGGCUUGGAUGUCUAUGCCCAUAACAUUGAAACGGUGGAAAAACUAACGCCUUUUGUGCGCGAUAGACGUGCUGACUAUCGCCAAACCCUCAAAGUCUUGACGGAGGCUAAGAAAUUCAAUUCCAAGUUGCUGACAAAAAGUUCCAUUAUGUUGGGCUUGGGCGAAAGCGAUGUCGAAGUUGAGCAAACAAUGCAGGAUUUACGUCAAGCCGAUGUAGAUUGUUUGACCUUGGGCCAGUAUAUGCAGCCGACCAAGAAGCAUCUGAAGGUAAUUGAAUAUGUUACACCGGAAAAAUUCAAAACCUGGGAAAAUCGUGGCAAAGAAUUGGGUUUUCUCUAUACGGCCAGUGGUCCUUUGGUGCGUAGCUCCUAUAAGGCCGGUGAAUUUCUUAUAACCAGUAUACUGAAAACGCGACAAGAUCAACAAUCCGCCACCAAGGAAAAGUAAAAGGAUUGGUGAAAAUCAGCUUUUGUGCUUUUGUUAUUUGUUAGAACGAAAAAAAAAAAUCUCUUUAAACCAAAAUAUAAAUUGUGCAAGCUGCUGCUUAUUAGGAAUGCCUUAUAGUUUUUAUGUUUGUAAAUAAAUGGCGUAGUUUCAAUUUAAA